GGAGGCGGCCAUGGCGCGUCACGUUGUCUCAGCUCACCCUUAGCUUUGUAAUUUUUUUUAAUCAUUUUUGAUUUGAUGUUCAUUUUAAAAACAAAAAUAAAAACAAGCUGUGCGGAUGUUCAAACUCGAUUUAGACCUGGUAAAUCACGUGGACUCCCAUCAGGACUGAAUCAGGACUGAAUGAAGCUGUCCCAUCUGCGGCUGCAAUGCAGAAACAAACACCAUGGUUUUGCUCCAACAACGCUUCACAUUACUGCUGAUUCCUUCAGGACGUUUCUGCCAACUUUAAGAUAGACAGAAAAGCAGAGCAGAAUUGAAAGGACCAUGCUCAGCAUCCUAGCAGCCGGCUCCAUAUUCUUCCCAGGCCUUUUCCUGCUGUCUAAAAGAUGUCUGAAACAAGCACCGAUGCUGAGGUGGAGCGAGGCCGAUGCUGUCAUCGUCUCCGCAAGGGUAGUGUCCUCUACUCAAGCAGUCCUGGCUUCCUCAGCUGGGUUCAUCAUUGCAUCAUCUUGUAAGGACAUCAUUGAGGAUCAGCACUGGCUCACUAGCACCUACAUCCUGUUUGCGGUUCCUUACUUUAUCUAUGACAUCUAUGCCAUGUUCCUGUGCUACUGGUACAAGAUGCAAGUCAAAGGUCAUGAGGAAGCUGCACCAAAAAUGAGCACGGCCAUUCGCAGCUACCUGUGGCGAGAGUUUCUCAUGGUGCUUCAUCAUGUUGUCAUGGUUACUGUCUGCUUCCCCGUGUCUGUGUUCUGGCGUCAAGGAAAGGGGGAUUAUUUCCAAGGUGUCAUGUUCCUAGCUGAACUCAGCACUCCAUCAGUUUGUCUGGGAAAAAUACUCAUUCAGUACAAGCAGCAGCACACUCUCCUUCAUAAAGUUAAUGGAGCACUCAUGCUGAUCACUUUUUUCGUCUGUCGAGUUCUUCUCUUCCCCUACCUCUACUACGCCUAUGGCAGGUACGCGCAUAUCCCCAUGUACAUGGUGCCACUGUCCAUUCCGUGGCAGUAUAACAUGGGUGCUGCUCUGCUCAUGGCUCCGCAGGUGUACUGGUUCUCUCUGAUCUGCAGGGGAGCCUUUCGCCUCUUCACUCGGGCCUCUCGCCAUCAUCGUCCCCCAGUCUGUAGGGAUUCUGAGCCCAAAACCCCCAUCCUGCCCCUAGCCAAUGGCUACAGUCCCUGUGAUACAGAAAAAGAGCCUAACACACACUGAGAAACACAGAAGGGCUGGAAGAGAAAGAUGGGGCAGGGGCUUUUUGUUUCUUAGGCCUCAGUUAUAAUGGGAAACUUGAGGUUAAAUACUAAUAUAUUACAAAUAAUAUAUGUCCUGCUGCUCCAUUAGGUGGGGAGGAUAGAAGUAAAGGGCAGAGGAAUCAGAGGAGGAAAGAGACAGAGGGUCUGAAGAUGAUCAUCUCCAUUCUUUGUUUCCCUCUAAGGAAAUGAAAGAGCAUGCUAAUAAAGCCUGUGUCAUACUCCUGAUGUAAAACCUCCUGAUGCGGCCAGACGCUCGGAUUGUAUUCUUCAUCCCAGUUAUAUUCCAUGACUAAAUUUCAAAACAUUGGGGAAGGGGUAUGUAAUAUAAUGUACGCAAGCACUUAUCAUUUGUACAUGACCAUUAUCAUACUAGUUGCAGAAACAAAACAACAGACAAGCUGUGGGCAUGUUAGUAUUCCAAACUGCUGAAGCACCAUUAACAGAAAUGUGAUGAGUGAGAAGAGAGGAUUCCAUCAGUUCCUCCUUCCCAGCCCACUCUCUUUGCCCCUGUAUUUCAUAGAAAGAAAAGGGUACAGCUUUUCUGUCAGGGUGUACAUAGCAAAUGUUUAGUGUCAGUUUAGUUUUAAUGAUUUAAUUUCAAUGAAUUAUUAUUAUUUAUAUUGACAGUUUUAAUUUGAAUUAUUUCCCCUGUUAAUUUAUUUGUUUUUAUUAUUUAUUAUGACUUGAUUACAUAUAAACUAUUCGCCUACUCUAGACUUAAGAUAUAAAAAGAAGGGGCAAAAAAUUGCUUUGAGAUGGAUUUGCCUUUUCUGUAGUCUCUCCCCAGUCAGAUUUUCACCCAGAGCACUUCCUGUAAAGUACCCAGGGGAACUCCAUUUGUUUUCUGACAUGUCUGAACCAUUGCACCUGUACUUUUAUGAAGCGUCUGUUACAGUUUUCUGUGGCCACGACCUACAUAUUGAGCUUAAAAUAACCCAGCAGGGCUUUGGUGUUGAAGUUUGGAGGACUGCUGACACACUGCCCUUAUAAUUCUGCUCCAGUCCAUGCUUUGCUCUUCUCACCACAAUAUUAAUCGGACCAAAACUAAUAUUUAGAAGACAGGCAGCAUGUACAGUACUGUUAAAUUAUUUGUGAUGGGUGCUGGACAUCUCUGCAUCACUGAGCUGCUAGCAGAAAAUACACGGCACUGCAAAGGAGGAGAGGACUGUGCACAUUUACUGGAUCAAAGUUCCUUAAAGGAAUACUCUUACAUUUUUUAACCUGAUCACUGUUCACAGUAUCUGUAGUGUAUGUGCAUUGUUUAUGGAUAAGACAUGGAACAUAUGUUGAAACAACUAACUUAGAAUGGAAGUCUAAAGGCAACUGAUAACACCAAAUUUCACAAAACAAGGAGAUUAAAAUAAGUGACAGUUCAAAGUUACAACCAUUAAACUUUGAUAAUAAAGGAUGAGAUAUGAGCUUAAUCAGUCUUAUCAGUGAAAAGUUUAUGAAAACAUGUAUUUAUUGAAAUCCUUCAGCCCCAUAGAAAUGAUUGACUGCAGCAAACAUACAUGCUACAGAUGUGAUAGAGAUUAACUUGAAAAAUGCAGCUGUGUUCCUUUAAGUCUUAAAUGUUUUCUUAUUUAUUGUUUUCUUAUUUAUCUUUUUUAUUUAUUCCCUGUGCUGAAUGCAAUCUAUGAAGCUAAAAUGGGUUUGUUUUAAUGUAUGAACAGGUGAUAAAUUAAAGGAAAAUCAAUGCAAAGUUUCUUAGUAAGAUGUUUGGGCCAUCAACACAAAUGUGCUAGUUCAAAAUCUCCUGUACGUGUUUAACUGGGUUAAGAUCUGCUGUCUGUGAAGGUCAUAGCACCUGAUUUACAUCAUUUGCAUCCUCAUUAGACUAGUGUGUUUUCAUGUCCUGCAUAUUGGGGCAGGGUCAUCCUAAAAGAGACCACUCCUCUAAGGACAGGUAUGUUUCAUCAUAAGAUAAAGGUGAUCAGUCAGAACAAGUUUGCAUUAAGUCCCAGUAAAGCUUCCCUCGUAGGGGACAAGUGGAUGCAAGCUAUGCAUAACAGAGCCACUGGCUUUUCCUUUAAUUUGACACCUGUAUUUACUUUGAUUGGGUAUUUCUGUCCAUUGGAACAUGAACCGCUUUACUAUGUUUAAAAGGAAAUUUCACAGAACCCUACACAGGUCCCUUUAAUAGAACAGGAUUUCUAUUGUAGAGCUUGCACAAGCUUUCAGACUGAACACUUAUCAGUUUUAAUAAGGGGCCCUCUAUAGGGUGAAGGAAAGGGAGUGCUAAAUAAAUGGGAGAUGGUAAUGUAACAAUAUUUUGAAUUUAUUGAUUUAUUAUUUAUUUAUUUUAGUGUUUAUGUUAUUUAUUUGGAGAAGACUGAAUGUACAUAUGAACACAUCUAAAUGUUCUGUUGAUUGGACAUCUGUGGCUGCCUGGCUAAAGGCUCUCCUAUACUCGUCCUCUCAGCUACAAUAUACUCUACUGUCUUCUACUAUACUCUGGCA